AAUUUAUUUCAUCAAUUGCAUCAAUUUGCACGACACGAUUUCAUCGAGCACCAGCAAUGUUACUGUUAACAUUUUGUUUUAUCUUAGCAUCAACGAAUGCAUUGCCGCAUAAUUUAUUACCUGAAAUACCGGGUCUUGAAUUGAUAAAUAAAUUACUAACAAUUAGUGCAAAUAAUGUGACUUCGAAUGUGAGUUUGAAUGUGGACGAGACACUUACUACUUUAGAGUUAGUAAAAAAGUACGGCUAUAACGGCGAGCUGCACAAAGUGAUUACUUUUGACGGAUACGUUUUGGAAUUGCAUCGCAUAACUGGAAAAGCUAAUUCUAGUGAUUUACAUAUACAAAAACCAGUUGCAUUUGUGAUGCACGGUCUUUUGUGCAAUUCGGCGGUUUGGGUCUUACCCGGACCCGAAAAAGGAUUAGCUUUCAUUUUGGCAGAUGCGGGAUAUGAUGUGUGGCUUGGUAACGCACGUGGUACUACGUAUUCUCGCAAGCAUACAGAUUUGUCCGUACUAGACAAAGAAUACUGGGACUUUAGUUGGCACGAGAUCGGCACUCGCGAUCUUCCCGCAACAAUAGAUUAUAUACUGAAAACUACUAGACGUGAAAAGUUAUUUUACUUGGGACAUAGUGAGGGCACUACCAGUUUUUUUGUUAUGGCGUCAGAACGAUUUGAAUAUCAAGAUAAGAUUGAAGCAAUGUUUGCUAUGGCACCAGCCGCCUAUUGCGGCAGAGCAAAAAGUCCCGUUCUGCGGUUUCUGGCAACUUUUAGCAAUUCCAUUGAUAUAUUCAUGAAAUUACUUGGAAAAUAUGAAAUCCAACCUAUCCAUGAAGGAUAUAAGAUAUUCCAGGAACUAGUGUGCGAAGAAAAUGCUAUCACAGAACCCUUAUGUUCAAAUUUCCUCUUCCUGAUUGCUGGAUUCGACUCAGACCAAUAUAACAAAACUCUUCUACCCAUAAUCUUGGAGUAUGUUCCCGCUGGCGCGGCCACAAAGCAAUUGUUGCACUACACGCAGCUAGCUCAUUCUGGGCAAGUGGUUUCAGCAGGACAAUUUAGACAAUUUGAUUACGGACUGAUCGGUAAUCUAAAAAAAUAUGGUUCAGUCAGUCCACCAGCCUAUGAUCUAAAAAAAAUCCAAGUGCCAGUUUCGUUGCAUUACAGCAGCAAUGAUUGGUUAGCGAACGUUAAGGACGUGGAUAAAUUGUACAAGGAGUUAGGCAAUCCUUACGGGAAAUUCCGCGUUCCGCAUGAUAAAUUUAAUCAUUUGGAUUUUAUGUGGGCUAUAGAUGUUAAAGAUCUUCUGUAUGACAAAAUAUUAAGUUUAAUGACACAUUUUCCUCAUUGAGCUGUCAAUUUCGAACUUUAAUCUGUUAAAUUUUCUAAACUCAAAAAUAACUUGAUUCGAAAAAAAUUUUCAUUAACUAUAUCUAUAAAAAAUUAAUAAAUUUCUCUUCUUGCUCGUAAACUUGAAAAAAGUGGCUUAAUCAGUGAUACGAAUAUAUAUAUAAUAUAAAGUGUAAAAUUGAAGUCAUGCUUUUAAAAUGAAUCCAUGCUUGUCCGUCGACAAUCCAUACUUGUCCGUGGUGACUCUGAGUUCAGCGUUCUAAUACUCGCCGAGUAUUGUUGAUAUUUUUAAAUAUAGUUAUUUCAACUUUAAAUUAUUAAAAACAAAAAAAAAAUU